GUGACAGUGGUUUCCCCCCAGAGCUGUCUCUCGUCUCCCCAGUAGCUCUCGAACCGUUGCCCUUUUCUCAGGCAAUCGCUUCUUGCUUCUUCCCUUUUCUCAAGCAAGGCUCAGAUCGCGGGGUGAAAACUUCGACCCCGCUCUGUUCCCACAUCAACAACUUCGACUUUUCACACCACAACACAUAGACAGGUUAUCCCGUCAAUACCGUCAAGAUGGUCAACUUCACGAUCGACGAGAUCCGGGCCCUUAUGGACAAGCCCACCAAUGUCCGUAACAUGUCCGUUAUUGCCCACGUCGACCACGGCAAGUCUACCCUUACCGACUCCCUUCUCGCCAAGGCCGGUAUCAUCUCCACCGCAAAGGCUGGUGAUGCUCGAGCGACAGAUACUCGUGCCGACGAGCAGGAGCGUGGUAUCACCAUCAAGUCCACUGCCAUCUCCCUGUUCGGCCAGCUCUCCGAGGACGACGACGUUGCCGACAUCGUUGGCCAGAAGACCGACGGCAAGGACUUCCUCAUCAACCUGAUUGACUCCCCCGGUCACGUUGAUUUCUCCUCUGAGGUUACCGCUGCUCUCCGUGUCACUGAUGGUGCUCUCGUCGUCGUCGACACCGUUGAGGGUGUCUGUGUCCAGACCGAGACUGUGCUCCGACAGGCCCUCGGUGAGCGCAUCAAGCCCGUCAUCAUCAUCAACAAGGUCGACCGUGCUCUUCUCGAGCUUCAGGUCUCCAAGGAGGAUCUGUACCAGUCCUUCUCCCGAACCAUCGAGUCCGUCAACGUCAUCAUCUCCACCUACCUUGACAAGUCCAUUGGUGACAUCCAGGUCUACCCCGACAAGGGCACCGUCGCUUUCGGUUCCGGUCUGCACGGCUGGGCUUUCACCAUCCGCCAGUUCGCUGUCCGAUACGCCAAGAAGUUCGGUGUUGACAAGAACAAGAUGAUGGAGCGUCUCUGGGGCGACAACUUCUUCAACCCCAAGACCAAGAAGUGGACCAAGAACGGCACCUAUGAGGGUAAGCAGCUCGAGCGUGCCUUCAACCAGUUCAUCCUCGACCCCAUCUUCAAGAUCUUCGCCGCCGUCAUGAACUUCAAGAAGGACGAGAUUGCCACCCUCCUCGACAAGCUCCAGCUCAAGCUCCCCACUGAGGACCGUGAGAAGGAGGGCAAGCAGCUCCUCAAGGCUGUCAUGCGAACUUUCCUCCCCGCUGCCGACUCUCUCCUCGAGAUGAUGAUUCUCCACCUUCCUUCCCCCGCCACUGCCCAGAAGUACCGUGCUGAGACUCUGUACGAGGGUCCCCCUGAUGAUGAGGCUGCCAUUGGUAUCCGUGACUGUGACCCCAAGGGUCCUCUCAUGCUCUACGUCUCCAAGAUGGUGCCCACCUCCGACAAGGGUCGAUUCUACGCCUUCGGUCGUGUCUUCUCCGGUACCGUCCGAUCCGGUCUCAAGGUCCGCAUCCAGGGCCCCAACUACGUUCCCGGCAAGAAGGACGAUCUCUUCAUCAAGGCUAUCCAGCGUACCGUCCUCAUGAUGGGCGGCAAGGUCGAGCCCAUCGACGACAUGCCCGCUGGUAACAUUGUUGGUCUGGUCGGUAUCGAUCAGUUCCUUCUCAAGUCUGGUACCCUCACCACCAGCGAGACCGCCCACAACCUCAAGGUCAUGAAGUUCUCCGUCUCCCCCGUCGUCCAGCGUUCCGUCCAGGUCAAGAACGCCCAGGAUCUCCCCAAGCUCGUUGAGGGUCUUAAGCGUCUGUCCAAGUCUGACCCUUGCGUUCUUACCAUGACCUCCGAGUCCGGUGAGCACGUCGUCGCCGGUGCCGGUGAGCUGCAUCUCGAGAUUUGCCUCAAGGAUCUCGAGGAGGACCACGCUGGUGUUCCCCUGAUCAUCUCGGACCCCGUCGUCCAGUACCGUGAGACCGUCACUGGCAAGUCCAGCAUCACUGCUCUGUCCAAGUCUCCCAACAAGCACAACCGUCUGUACAUGGUUGCCGAGCCCAUCGAUGAGGAGCUCUCGCUCGCCAUUGAGGCUGGCAAGGUCAGCGCCCGUGACGAUUUCAAGGCUCGUGCCCGUGUCCUGGCCGACGACUUCGGCUGGGAUGUCACCGACGCCCGAAAGAUCUGGACCUUCGGUCCCGACGGCACUGGUGCCAACCUGCUGAUCGACCAGACCAAGGCCGUUCAGUACCUCAACGAAAUCAAGGAUUCCGUUGUGUCCGGUUUCCAGUGGGCCAGUCGUGAGGGUCCCGUCGCUGAGGAGCCCAUGCGAUCCAUCCGCUUCAACAUCCUCGAUGUUACCCUCCACGCUGAUGCUAUUCACCGUGGUGGUGGUCAGAUCAUCCCCACUGCCCGCCGUGUCCUGUACGCUGCUGCCCUGCUCGCCGAGCCCGCCCUCAUGGAGCCCGUGUACCUGGUCGAGAUUCAGGUCCCCGAGAACGCCAUGGGUGGUGUGUACGGUGUCCUUACCCGACGACGUGGUCACGUCUUCAACGAGGAGCAGCGUCCCGGUACUCCUCUGUUCAACAUCAAGGCCUACCUCCCCAUUCUGGAGUCUUUCGGCUUCAACGCCGACCUUCGACAGGCCACCUCCGGACAGGCUUUCCCCCAGUCCGUGUUCGACCACUGGCAGAUCCUCCCCGGUGGCUCUCCCCUCGACAGCAGCUCCAAGGUCGGUGCCAUCGUCACCGACAUGCGAAAGCGCAAGGGUGUCAAGGUCGAGGUGCCCGGUGUCGAGAACUACUACGACAAGCUGUAAGCGGCUUUUUAAUACGCCGAUGGAAGGACGAAGGAUGCCACAAUGGGCACAUGACAUCAACCGGCUGGUAACGAAGAUUCGGGAUGUAUGCUCGAGCCCAUGGAGGAGCUCCUUGUUGAGCUUAGGAGGGGCAUGCUGAGCGAAUACCAAAGUAAAAGAAAAAAGUCGAGUGGCCGGGUUGAGGCUGAAUGCCAUGAGGAAGCUCGAUUCGGCUUUUUAUGCAGUUAUGUCGUAUUGAUGAGUUGAACACGUUAGAUUGAAGUUCAAG